GCCUCAUGAAAACCCGAACCAACAGGCUUAAUGCAUGACAGCAUUUAGCAUCAUCCCCUCCCCCGAAAUUGCCCAAAACCCCCCUACAACUUGUGUCAGAUUCCCCUGAAACCCCCGUUCGCCAAGGAUUUCCCCAUGAAAACCCACCUGCUCACCACCCUAUCGCUCUCCCACCCUUCUCGCUGAUCCACCCCCACUCCUCAAACCCACCCUUUUUUCAGUCUCUAGGGUUUGCGAUUCUCUUCUCUGUAAAUGUCGCUCCCUCCUGUACAGUGCAUAUGCGUCACAGAGGACCUUCUUCGCGAAUGGAGGAGCGGAAACCCUAGCUUCAAGGUCCCCGACCCCGUCCCCAUGCUUCGCUUCCUCUACGAGCUCUGCUGGACCAUGGUUCGCGGCGACUUGCCGUUUCAGAAGUGCAAAGCGGCGUUGGACUCGGUGGAGUUCACGGCUAGUGUAUCGGACGAAGAGUUGGCUUCGGGUUUCGCGGAUAUUGUGACCCAAAUGGCUCAAGAUCUUGCAAUGCCAGGAGAGUAUCGUUCUCGCCUCACAAAAUUUGCAAAAUGGCUGGUGGAAUCUGCAUUGGUUCCUUUGAGGCUUUUCCAGGAGCGUUCUGAGGAAGAAUUUCUAUGGGAGGCUGAAAUGAUCAAGAUAAAAGCUCAGGAUUUGAAGAACAAAGAGGUCAGAGUAAAUACUCGUCUUCUUUAUCAGCAAACAAAAUUUAACCUUCUACGAGAAGAAAGUGAGGGCUAUGCCAAGCUGGUUACCCUUCUGUGCCAAGACUCUGAAGCUUCAGCUCAAAAUGUAUCAGCAGCAACAAUAGGCAUUAUUAAGUCAUUAAUUGGACAUUUCGAUCUGGACCCUAAUCGUGCGUUUGAUAUCGUUUUGGAGUGUUUUGAACUUCAGCCCGAUAACAGAAUCUUUCUGGAACUGAUUCCAAUUUUUCCAAGGUCUCAUGCUUCACAGAUUCUUGGUUUCAAAUUUCAAUAUUAUCAGCGUAUGGAAGUAAAUUGUCCUGUACCGUUUGGGCUGUAUAAGCUUACUGCUUUGCUGGUGAAGGAGGAGUUUAUUGAUCUUGAUAGCAUAUAUGCACAUUUACUUCCCAGGGAUGAUGAGGCAUUUGACCAUUAUAAUACUUUUUGUGCCAAGCGACUUGAUGAGGCAAACAAAAUUGGAAAGAUAAAUCUUGCGGCUACCGGGAAGGAUUUAAUGGAUGAUGAGAAACAAGGAGACGUGACGAUAGAUCUUUUUGCUGCUUUAGACAUGGAAACUGAGGCAGUUGCUGAACGAUCUCCAGAGCUUGAAAAUAAUCAAACAUUGGGCUUACUUACUGGUUUCCUUUCUGUGGAUGAUUGGUACCACGCGCAUAUACUAUUUGAUCGUCUCUCACCACUCAAUCCAGUGGAACACAUUCAAAUCUGUAACAGCAUGUUUAGGCUUAUCGAAAAAUCGAUCUCUUCCGCCUAUGCCACUGUACGUCAAGCAAAUUUGCAAAGCUUUGGGCCUUCCUCAGGAGCCAGCAUCAAUGUUGUGGAUACAGCAAAUUCAUCAGUUCGUGGGUUUUUUGUUGAUCUUCCCAGUGAGCUAUUUCAGAUGCUGGCUUGUGCUGGACCUUAUCUUUACCUUGAUACUUUAUUGCUUCAGAAGGUAUGCAGAGUAUUAAGAGGCUACUACUUGUCUGCACUAGAGCUUGUAGGUAGUGGUGAUGAAGCAUUGAAUCAUGAAUCCAUUAUUGGUGGGAAUCGACUUCCUCGUCUGCACCUGAAGGAAGCUAGGUCAAGGAUAGAGGAAGCCUUAGGAACAUGUUUACUUCCUUCUUUACAGUUGAUACCUGCAAAUCCAGCAGUUGGCCAGGAGAUCUGGGAAGUUAUGAGUCUCCUUCCAUAUGAGGCGCGUUAUCGUUUAUAUGGUGAAUGGGAAAAAGACGAUGAGCGGAUUCCUAUGGUUUUGGCUGCACGGCAAACAGCCAAGUUGGACACUCGAAGAAUUUUGAAAAGACUUGCAAAGGAAAAUCUAAAGCAGUUGGGUCGGAUGGUUGCAAAACUAGCUCAUGCCAAUCCAAUGACUGUACUCCGUACAAUUGUUCACCAGAUUGAGGCAUACAGGGAUAUGAUCACCCCUGUAGUAGAUGCAUUCAAGUAUUUAACACAGCUCGAGUAUGAUGUUUUGGAAUAUGUUGUUAUUGAGCGUUUGGCACAAGGUGGGCGUGAUAAGCUAAAAGAGGAUGGCCUAAAUUUGUCAGAUUGGCUUCAGUCGUUGGCUUCAUUUUGGGGUCACCUGUGUAAGAAGUACCCAUCAAUGGAAUUGAGGGGUCUUUUCCAGUAUCUUGUGAACCAGUUAAAAAAGGGGCAGGGAAUUGAGCUUGUUCUCUUGCAGGAGCUUAUUCAACAAAUGGCAAAUGUCCAGUACACAGAGAACCUGACUGAGGAACAGCUGGAUGCCAUGGCGGGUGGUGAGACUCUCCGCUAUCAGGCAACUUCUUUUGGAGUAACACGAAAUAACAAGGCCUUGAUCAAGUCAACUAACAGGCUAAGGGACUCAUUGCUUUCAAAAGAUGAACCAAAGUUGGCAGUUCCUCUUUUGUUACUUAUUGCUCAACAUCGUUCUGUGGUUGUCAUAAAUGCAGAUGCCCCUUAUAUAAAGAUGGUUUGCGAGCAGUUUGAUAGAUGCCAUGGUACUCUUCUUCAAUUUGUGGAAUUCCUUUGCAGUGCAGUGACACCAGCGUUGGCUUAUGGUCAGUUGAUUCCCUCGCUUGAUGAUCUUGUCCAUCUUUACCACCUUGAUCCUGAGGUUGCUUUUUUGAUAUAUCGCCCUGUAAUGAGGCUCUUCAAGUGUCGGGGGACUUCUGAUGUCUUCUGGCCUUUAGACGACAGUGAUGCUACAAAUAUUGCUUCCACAAACUUAGCAUCUGAACCUACUGAAUAUUCUGGCAAUAUGGUUUUGGAUCUUGGCUCUCCAAGGAAGCCUAUAAUGUGGUCUGAUCUUCUUGAUACUGUUAGAACCAUGUUACCUUCAAAAGCCUGGAACAGUCUGUCUCCUGAUCUCUAUGCGACAUUUUGGGGGCUUACUCUCUAUGAUCUUUAUGUUCCUAGAAAUCGUUAUGAGUCUGAAAUUUCCAAGCAGCAUGCUGCUCUCAAGGCUCUGGAAGAGCUUUCUGAUAACUCAAGUUCAGCAAUCGCGAAAAGGAAGAAAGACAAAGAAAGAAUUCAAGAAUCUCUAGAUCGCUUGACUACUGAACUCCAUAAGCAUGAAGAAAAUGUUGCAUCUGUUCGUAAACGGCUUUCUCGUGAAAAAGAUAAGUGGUGGAGUUCCUGCCCUGAUACUUCGAAGAUCAACAUGGAGUUUCUUCAGCGUUGUAUUUUUCCUCGCUGUACUUUCAGUAUGCCAGAUGCUGUCUAUUGUGCCAUGUUUGUACACACUCUUCAUUCCCUUGGAACGCCAUUUUUUAACACAGUGAACCACAUUGAUGUUUUGAUAUGUAAGACCUUACAACCUAUGAUAUGCUGCUGCACUGAAUAUGAAGCGGGUAGACUUGGAAGGUUUUUAUGUGAGACGCUAAAGAUUGCUUACUAUUGGAAGAGUGAUGAAUCUAUUUAUGAGCGUGAGUGUGGAAAUAUGCCAGGCUUUGCUGUUUAUUAUAGAUAUCCAAACAGCCAGCGAGUUACAUAUGGCCAGUUCGUCAGGGUACAUUGGAAAUGGAGUCAAAGGAUAACAAGGUUAUUGAUUCAGUGCUUGGAAUCUACUGAGUACAUGGAAAUUCGAAAUGCUCUUAUAAUGUUGACAAAGAUUUCUAGUGUUUUCCCUGUUACUCGAAAGACUGGUAUAAAUCUUGAAAAGCGGGUAGCUAAGAUCAAAAGUGAUGAAAGAGAGGAUCUCAAGGUGUUGGCAACAGGUGUCGCUGCUGCUUUGGCUGCUAGAAAGGCUUCCUGGGUUACAGAUGAAGAAUUUGGCAACGGCUAUCUUGAUAAUAAGCCUGCGCUACCGCUUUCUUCGAAGUCUUCAGCUGUUAAUUCAGCACCUGUGCAAAGUAGUUCUUCCAAAGUUUCUCAAAGUGAAACUGCUGGGGGAAAAGCAGUUGCAACAAUAAAUCUAUAUUCCGAUUCUGGGAAUUCUGUGAAAGAACAGAUAUUAAAAACAAAACAAGCAGAUGGGAGGUCAGAAAGAACUGAAAGUCUUGUAAAUGCGAAGUCUGAUCCUGGAAGUCUAAAACUAAAAGCUGGCAAUGGGUCUGAUACCCAAUCAUCCUUACCCUCAGCCGCUGUACAAUCUGGAACAUCAAGAUCAAUAGAUAAUCCAAAGCAAGUGGAUGAAUCCACAAGAACAUUGGAUGAAAACAUGGCAAAACCUGCUCCAAAGAACUCUACAGAAGCUGAGUUGAGAGCUUUAGCAAAACGGUCAGUGUCUGCUGCAUCAAUUGCUAAGACACCAAAACAAGAUCUUGCAAAAGAUGAUAGUAGGUCUGGAAAAGCUGUUGCCAGGACUUCUGGCUCUGCAACUGGUGACAAGGAUCUUUCAACUCAUGCAUCAGAGGGCAGGCAGGUUGGGGCUACUAAUUCUACCUCUGCAGUCACCGCAAAUGGUAACACAGUUUCAGCUUCAGCUAAAGGUUCGACUACAUCUGCUAGAACAUCAUCAGAUACUCACGGUAAUGAAUCAAAGGCUGAGAGUGGAGCUGCCAAGUCUUCCGAUAUAAGGAUUUCUGCUGUAAAGGAUGAUGGUGCUGAAGUUUCUGAGGUUCCAAGGCCCCCUUCUCGUGUUGUUCAUUCUCCUAGGCAUGAUAAUUCUGCAAUUGCCUCCAAGUCUAGCGAUAAGCUGCAAAAGAGAGGAAGUCCUUCUGAAGAACCUGAUAGACUAAGUAAACGCCGGAAAGGGGAUUCUGAAACAAGAGAUUUAGAGGGUGAUGUUCGAUUGUCUGAUAGAGAGAGGUCUGUGGAUCAUGGAACUGAUGAACAAUCUGUCUAUAGGCCCACGGAUAAGCCUUUGGAUAGGUCCAAAGAUAAGGGCAAUGAGAGAUAUGACAGGGACUAUAGGGAUAGAGUAGAUCGUCCAGAUAAGUCACGUGGGGAUGACAUUUUCUCUGAAAAAUCUAGGGAUAGGUCAAUCGAAAGAUACGGAAGAGAACGUUCAGUUGAGAGACUUCAAGAGAGAGGUUCUGAUAGGAAUUUUGAUAGGCUCCCUGACAAAGGUAAAGAUGAUAGGAACAAAGAUGACAGAAGUAAAUUAAGGUACACUGAUACAUCUGCAGAAAAAUCUCAUGUUGACGAUCGGUUUCAUAAUCAAAGCUUGCCUCCACCUCCACCCUUACCACCUAAUGUGGUUCCCCAGUCUGUCAAUACUGGUAGAAGAGAUGAAGAUGCUGAUAGAAGGUUUGGAGGCACCCGACAUUCUCAAAGGCUAUCUCCUAGACAUGAAGAGAAAGAACGCAGACGAUCUGAAGAGAAUUCCUUGGCUUCACAGGAUGAUGCAAAACGUAGAAGAGAUGAUGAUUUCCGGGAGAGAAAGCGAGAUGAAAGAGAGGCACUGUCAAUGAAGGCGGAGGAGAGGGAAAGAGAAAGGGAAAGGGAGAGGGAGAAAGCAAACAUUUUAAAAGAUGAUAUGGAUGCAAGUGCAGCUUCUAAGAGGCGGAAACUUAAAAGGGAGCAUCUGCCAUCAGGGGAGGCUGGUGAGUAUUCACCUGUGGCUCCGCCACCUCCUCCCCUUAGUAUUGGUGUGUCACAAUCAUACGAAGGAAGAGACAGGGGAGACCGGAAGGGAGCAAUGAUUCAGCGUCCAGGUUACUCAGACGAGCCAAGUCUAAGGAUUCAUGGUAAAGAAGUUGCAACCAAAAUGACCCGUCGCGAAUCAGACCCCAUCUAUGACCGUGAGUGGGAUGACGAGAAGAGGCAAAGAGUUGAACAAAAGCGGAGGCACCGAAAGUGAUUUCUGAAGAGAGAGAUACUGAAAUUGCACUUUUAAGGCUUGCUCAUUUCUUCCAGUUGCUGUUAGCCAAUACAUACGUUUGGAUUUUCUUGGCUUGGCUAAGUAAGGGAAUUCAUGUUCUCCCCUUGGUGGUUUACUUGUACCGGAUGUUUUAAACAUUUACAAUUUUGGUGGCUCUUAUCCUUAGCUCCAUGAAUUCAAAUUGGUAACUAAUUUAUGCCAUUUAUGUAUAAUAUUGUAAAUACUGAGCAAUCUGUAAUCUAAUCCGUUUUUCUGAAUUUUUUUUCUUUUAUGUUGUUACUGAGUUUUGAAAGAAAUGUAAAGAAACAGUUUUGAUUAACA